UUUUUACUAUAUAGCGCAUGUGUUACCAAAAUCUAGUGCGAAACAAGGUAUGAUCGCGAGCCACAUGAACAACCUAGAUUCGUGCCGUCGGAAACCCCGCCGCAUUCGGAAUAUUUUGAGAAUGCUGCUAUUUUCAACCUUGCAAAAUCUGAACAUCUUCGACAUUGUUCAAUGGGAAAGAAUGCGCGGUGCCGCGGGGCUUUACUAAAACGCUAUUCACUGGAAAUAAGAAAUUUGUUGAUUCAACUAAAUUUUUGUGUUCGAAGAAACGAAGCCUCAGUACAGAGCACUCGUUGAGCAUCAAUUUCAUUAAUUUUCUCAUUUCGCGGAGAAAAUUAUCAUUUCUUUCGCACCGACUCUGAGGAUGAAUCAUUUUUGAGUUCGCUGUGUGGAAACUACGACCAACACUUUAUACCUUUCCUGAGACUUAAUUACUGCGAGACUAUUUCCUCGAUUUCGGAAUUCAGAAGGACUCGCAGAAUAGCAAGAGCAUGAGGUCGUUGAUCCUGGGCUCCGUACUACUCCUCGGAGCAUUUUUCGUAAUAGGAGUUGAGUCACAUGGCAGACUCAUUGAGCCACCUUCAAGAGCUUCGAUGUGGAGAUACGGUUUUGACACACCACACGAUUACAACGAUCAUGAAUCAUAUUGUGGCGGUUUCAGUAGACAGUGGAACCGAAAUGGUGGCAAAUGUGGUAUUUGCGGUGAUCCUUGGGACAUGAAGAAGCCAAGGGCUCACGAGAAUGGGGGACUAUACGGAAACAACGUGAUAGUUCGUAAAUAUCGAACGGGAUCUGUGAUUCCAGUACGAAUCGAAUUGACGGCUAAUCAUCACGGUUAUUUCGAAUUUCGUACGUGCGCGAUGACCGCACGAGGAGUCGAUGUCACGGACGAGUGUCUCGACAAAUAUUUGCUCAAAAUGGAGAAUGGAACCGCUCGUUAUUAUCCCGGACCGGGUAAUAGAAUCUUCGAGGGUUAUUAUAAAUUACCUGAUGAGCUGACGUGUGCGCAGUGUGUUUUUCAAUGGAGAUACAUCGCGGGGAAUAAUUGGGGCGAAUGUGGAAACGGAACAGGUGCCGUUGGUUGCGGUCCUCAGGAAGAAUUUCGUGGCUGCGCCGACAUAACGAUAGGCGAUAACGUUCCGCCGUUACCACCGAGGCCGAAAGUGAAACCGGGUGUCAAAAUGCCCACCGAAACUCCAGAUUAUCCUACAGACACGUUCUACGUGCCCCAAAUUUCCCGCAAUUAUUGGCUUUACAGUUUCAUCAUUGCUGGAACUUGUCUGGUCGUUGUACUUGCAGCUAUGGCACUAAUUUAUGCAUACUAUUAUCACGCGAAUCGAGCCAAGCAGUGGCUUAAAUCGAGACGGCUUUUGUCACCGGAGAGUCCACCGAUCGCUCCACCGAGGCACAAGAGGCAUUCGCUGUCCAAUAUCCAACUGCAAAUAUAAGACUAACAAUGACAAUUGAUAAAUAAUACCGGUACACAAAAAAGUGGUCUUUACCUCUGACCAGACCCAUCUAUUUCCAUAUAUUUUGACGCGCUGAACUCUAAUCCAGGACAGUAUACCUCUAAAAUUUUAAGUUAUUACCAAAAGACCUCGAAAAUAUGUAAAAAUUGGUAAAAAAUGGGCGGGGGGAAAUCGCAAUUAUGAAUAUGAAAAACAUUUCAUCCGCCCAGAAUGGGUGAAAAUUGCGAAAAAUCACAGUUAUGAAUAUGAGAAAUAUUGUAUUGACCAGGAUCAAGUAUGUUUUCAAUAUUCAACAUUUUCGCUAUUUACUCGAAACUCUGGAGGUAUAUCGAUCGGCCUAUCUGACACCCCGGACUCGGGUUCAGCGUGCCAAAGUACGUCAAAGAUAGAUAGGUUUGAUCUGAGGUACAGACCACUUUUUUUUGUGACGAUGUAAUCAACGAUUCAUUGAUAUAUUUACGCUAAUACUGCUGUGAAGGGUAUGAAUGCGCAAGAAUAUGACGUUUCGACUGAUCAAAUCGACAAGUUUAGUCAUAGUUGUGUGAACGUUAUCGCAUUUAAAAAAUAUUUUUCAUCGUAUGCACCAGACUGCAAAUAUACCUCACUAUCAUAUCGUGUGUAUAUAUACAUAUACGGAUA